GGGGGGAGAGAGAGAAAGAAAAAGAGAGGGAGAGUCCUUCCAUGAAUUUGUUCCAGUUUCCAGUUUCUCUUUGGAAAUGCAAUGGAAAAAUGGAAUGGAUUUAGCACGAAUCCCUGAUUUUUCGGGCCAAACCAGAGCAGAGGAAUAUACAUUCAGCUCCUCCGAUUGCUGCUAUUUUUAAGCCUUGUGAAAUAGCAGAGUCUCUGUAUGCAAGAUGAAGAUUUCCUGACUUGAACUACUAACUACUUGCCUAUUUAUUCCCUCACAUGGUCUUCUGUGGCUUGAAAAGAUCAAGUGUAGAAACUGAAGUUAUGAUUUCAUGAUUGUCUGCCAUGCGACAACAACAAUAGCAAUAACAACAACAACAACAACAACUCGUUCAAGAAGAAGCCUGCUAUUAACGACUGAAAUUCUCCUUUGGGAUCUGUGGUCUUACGGGUGUGCUUGCAAAAGCUGGACGGAAAAACAAGAAAAGCAGGAACAACCAGCAUGAGUGGCAAAGAAGAAGAGCCCGGCUACUCGGAUAGUAGUGUGAAGAAGAUGCUCAAGUGUGUGGUGAUUGGUGACGGAGCUGUUGGGAAGACCUGCCUGCUGAUGAGUUACGCCAAUGAUGCAUUUCCAGAAGAAUAUGUACCAACAGUGUUUGACCACUAUGCAGUUACUGUAACAGUUGGAGGCCGGCAACAUUUGCUUGGACUUUAUGACACAGCAGGACAGGAGGACUACAAUCAACUGAGACCCCUCUCCUACCCCAACACAGAUGUGUUUUUGAUCUGUUUCUCUGUGGUAAACCCUGCUUCCUAUCACAAUGUCCAAGAGGAAUGGGUUCCAGAAUUGAAAGUCUGUAUGCCACAUGUGCCUUAUGUUCUCAUAGGAACACAGAUUGACCUUCGAGAUGACCCCAAAACUUUGGCUCGGUUAAUAUACAUGAAAGAGAAGCCCCUGACUUAUGAACAUGGCAUCAAAUUGGCUAAAGAGAUUGGAGCCCAGUGCUACUUAGAGUGUUCAGCUUUGACCCAGAAAGGCUUGAAGGCUGUCUUUGAUGAAGCAAUCCUCACAAUCUUCAAUCCCAAGAGGAAGAAGAAACUUUGUGCCAAGUGUUGCAGCUGCUGCUCAGUUUUAUGAUGCCUGGAGUUCAAAGUGGACCAGUCUUGCCAGUUAAUAAUCCAAUCCUGCACAGAGGGACGUGACCAGAAAAAAAAAACCCUACUUUAUAAAGUGAUUCUUCCUAAUCUGUGAUUCCUCUCAAAUGCAACUUUGUAGACCUUUCAUUCCUUGCUUGUUUUUUUUUCCUAAUGACUAUGCAUCUGUAAAUACAAGUUCAUGUUGUGAUAACUUCUCUCUGCUUAGCCAGCAGAUACAAGAAAAAAAAAACUUCAGAAAUUCUUGAUAUAGUCAGAAUUCCUGAUGCACCUGGAAGGAAAAAAAUGAUUUAAGGAUCCUAAUCCUAAACCUGAGCCAAAAAGAACGAACUUUGUCAUUAGCAACCCACAGGAAGAAAUAAGUAAAUCCCAGCAUUUUUUCUUUCUUUCUAUGACACUAUAGUCCUUUAAUUCAGGAUACAGUUGGAGUGGCUGGACCCAGCUGAACAUUUACUACCUGGAUGCCCUUCCUGACACCUAUGUGAAGUUUGCAGCAGAUAUUUGUUUGCAACAGAUAGUAAAUCCCAGUAUGAAUAUGCAAUAAUGAUUGAACUUAAAGCACACAAAAUAGGAUUUAGACAUUUUUAGGAGUCAACCAUGUUGACACAUGUAGAAGACCAAUGUCAAAUGUCAGUCUUUCCAAACUAAAUGCACAGCAAUGCUUUUGAAAGAGAUGGCAUAGAAUACAAUGUCAUUCGUGUACUAUUCUUGUCUUCCUUUUAUAAACAAAGCAUAAUCCAAAGAAAUACUCUCAGGUUGCAUUGUCAUAUUGCCAUUGGACGUGUGAGAAUUCUCCUCUUCUUAAAUGAAAUCUGAAGCUCUCACAUUGUGCAUUUUUCAAAUAUUAUUUUGAAAUAGUAAUUAUCUAGAUUUGAGAAGUCAGAAAAUGCAGGGGGAAAUGUACAUAUAUUCUGUCUGUGAAUCUAGACGUCUUUUCCUAGAAUUUAUUAUUCAAGCAUAACUACAUUCAUGUCCCCUAAACAAAGGUGAUUAGGGGACUGGAGGCUAAAACAUAUGAAGAACAGUUGCU